AUGUGUCAUGAAAGUGAGCGUCAAACAGGCAUUCAUAAUUGUGAGGUGAGAGCCUACCGCCGACUGAUGCAAAAUGGCCUCGGUCACCAGGGCAUCGUGCCCCGGUACUACCGCGAAAUACAGCACUUGGAUGUGAAAGAUUAUCAACCACAUUUGAGAAGAUUUCUUGAUGAAGAGCGACCUCCUAGCGCUAUUUUUCUGGAGUACAUUCCAAAUAUGAUGACGAUCCUUCCGGAGCGUUAUACCAAAGAGCGCAUCGAAUCCAUGAUACAUGGCAUUCAACAAAUUCACAAGGCCUUGGUCCUGCAUUUUGAUUCUUACCCAAGGAACAUCAUGGUUUUUGAAGAUGAUCCUGGGAGAGUCAUUUGGAUAGACUUUGACAGGGCCCAGACCUAUGAUGCAGAUACAAUCACAGAGAGGAAUAGAAGAUGGAUCCAAGAGGAAGAGGAAGACGUGCAUGUAUUCGGUGAAAGUAUGAAAGAGGAUCAUGCGCUGGGCAAAAUGUGGAACACUCUCCCAUACUACUAG